AGCAGGCAAAUGUUUACGAAGAGGGCUCUUGCUGAAGCGGGGUGUUUGCAAAGAUUUUCUUGCUAAUUGCGUAUCAGACGGAAGGCUGCGGAAGGCUGGUCAAGUUUGGAGCCACCGAGCAGGAGAAGAAGAGAAGGCUGAAGGCGCUCAGUGAGGGGAGAGAUCUGGGGAAGACAACAUCGCACGCAGCCAGCCCGCGGCUCCCGCCUCCGCUCCCUCCCGGACUCGCUCGCUCUAUUCCCUCUUCCCCAGCGCUCGGUUCUCCGGCGACAUCUCGUUCCAUCCCUCUUUCUCAAUUCCCUUGUAGACUCCACUCCAGAUCUGUGCUGCUGCCUGCAAACUUUUUUCCUUUAUCUUUUUUUUUCCCUUCCUGUCUCUCUUUUUCUUUUUGGAGUGGAUAGCCCUAAAACCAGCAAACAACUAACUGCUGCCGCUUCUGCAUCUUCUGCAUCCUGCCGGUCCUUCGCCCAUAGGAGAGGCGAUGUCACGAGGGUUUUAACUCCUUUUGGACGCAACUUGGGAGAGAGCUCUAUUUCUCUCCCCCUCCCCAUUUUGGGUCUUUAUUUUUUUCGCCCCCCAAGACCUGCCGUUUUAGUUUCGCAGCCGAACGCUCUCAGUGCCGGGUGUCUAGAGUUUAAUGAGUGGCAAUGUGUAGCAAAGCGAUCUUAGCACUUCUGGUCUAUGGCAUAAUAAUGCACUGCAGCGUCUACUGCUCACCUGCGGCCGGACUUCAGUACCCGGCGCUCAGGCUGGAGGAUGAAGUCUACGACGAGGACGGGAACACCCUGCAGGACUUCGCCUACGACCAAGAGCCCCUCGGUAUAGCGAAUCCGUCCUCCAUGAUCGGCGAGAUGUACACCUUGUAUUACCCACCGGAAAAGAGGCACGCCGAUGGGAUCUUCAACAAAGCCUACAGGAAACUCCUGGGCCAGUUAUCUGCCAGGAAAUAUCUGCACUCCCUGAUGGCCAAGCGGGUCGGCGGUGCCAGCGGCGGCCUGGGGGACGAUGCGGAACCGCUGACCAAGCGGCACAUAGACGGCAUCUUCACGGACAGCUACAGCCGCUACCGGAAACAAAUGGCUGUCAAGAAAUACUUAGCAGCCGUCCUGGGGAAAAGGUAUAAACAAAGAGUUAAAAACAAAGGACGCCGAGUAGCGUAUUUGUAGCGAUGUGAGUAACCAGCCACUCCUGUGUAUACAAAGUCCUAAGAGAGAGAGAGAGAGAGAGAGAGAGAGAGAGAGAUAAACCCAACAACAACAACAAAAUCUAAACAAAAACAAAAGUCAUUUCCAAACUGACUGAACAAUCACCGCUCCUGUGUUAUCUAAACAUGUAUUUAUGUAUGAAGUAAAGCCAUUAAAUGAAUAUUUUGAUAAUAA